AUGGCUUCUUCUCUUAAUAAUAACAAUCUGCUCAAAGUAAAACCCGAACCCUACGUGUUCAACAACAGAAUCGAACACAGUCCGACUCAGCAACUCGCCAUUGAAAUCAGCAGCGAUAGUAGCAGUUCAAGCAGUGACGAUUCUUCAUAUAUCGACGACUCGUUACUGGGUUUUCUCCAAUCCAAUGCGGGUUUCAAAAGACGUAGUUCCGGUGAAGAGCCUGUCGGUUCUUGUUCGACCAAGAAACCGAAAACCGAGGGUUCUGGUUUCGCGCUUCCCACGACGUUUCUGGCUCCGCUUCCGCAAGAGGACGGGAUUCUACCGUUGACCGUAAUUGUUCCGGAGACCGGAUUAUCGGUGACGGAAACUGCUUCCCUUCAAGGCGUUGUUGAAAUCCGUCAACGGAGUAAGGUUUCGAGGUCUUGCAAGCAGUUUUGGAAAGCGGGAGAUUAUGAAGGAGGCAAUGCAUGCGAUUCUACCGUGUCUUGUACUGUUGGCAUGGAUCAUGUUAGGGUUCAUCCCAAGUUUCUACAUUCAAAUGCAACCAGUCAUAAGUGGGCUCUUGGAGCCUUUGCUGAGCUUUUGGACAAUGCCCUAGAUGAGGCAUGCAAUGGAGCUACAUACGUUUGCAUAGAUAUGUUGCAGAAUAAAAAAGAUAACAGCAAGAUGUUGCUUGUCGAAGAUGAUGGUGGAGGAAUGAGCCCGGAUAAAAUGAGGCAAUGCAUGUCUCUUGGGUAUUCUUCGAAAAGUAAAAUGGCAAAUACCAUUGGUCAAUAUGGAAAUGGCUUUAAGACCAGUACAAUGAGGCUUGGAGCAGAUGUUAUUGUGUUUUCUCAAAGUCAUAGGACAGAUGGAAAGAGCCCAACGAGGAGUAUCGGAGUACUUUCCUACACAUUUUUGACAGAAACCGGAAAGGAGGACAUUGUAGUUCCAAUUAUUGAUUAUGAAAAAAGAGGACAGAGUUGGACCAAGAUGACACGAUCAUUUGAGGAUGAUUGGAACAGGAAUUUGGAAACUAUAAUCCGUUGGUCGCCAUACACGUCUGAAACUGAUCUACUUGAGCAAUUCAAUUUUCUUAAAGAUCAUCAUGGUACCCGCAUAAUAAUUUACAAUCUCUGGGAGGACGAUGAAGGUAAACCGGAGCUAGAUUUCGAGACCGAUGAUCAUGAUAUUCAAAUUAGAGGAGUUAGUCGAGACGAAAAGAGCAUCGAAAUGGCGAAAACAUUUCACAACUCGAGGCACUUCUUAACUUAUCGGCAUUCGUUGAGGAGCUAUGCAUCCAUCCUUUACCUCAGGCUUCCAACUGAUUUUCGAAUGGUUCUGCGUGGAAAAGACAUUGAACAUCAUAACAUUAUCGAUGACAUGAUGCUCACUACGAAGAUAGUAUACCGGCCUCAGAUAGUUUCCGGAAAAGCGCCGACUAGCUCUGAUAUGGUUGCAACUGUGACAAUAGGGUUCGUGAAGGACGCACGAUACCAUAUCGACAUACAAGGAUUUAAUGUGUACCACAAGAACCGGCUUAUCAAGCCAUUCUGGAGGGUGUGGAAUGCAGCUGGAAGUAGCGGCCGAGGAGUACUCGGUGUGUUGGAGGCCAAUUUUGUCGAACCGGCGCACGACAAACAGGGUUUCGAGCGAACCAUUGUGCUUUCAAGGCUGGAGGCGAAACUAGUUGGAAUUCAGAAGGACUACUGGUUUAAAAAUUGCCAUGAAGUUGGUUACGCAGCUAGGAGGCCUGCAAAGAGCUCGGUCACGGAAGAUGCGAGUCCCGUUUCAUGUGUUCGAGAGAAGCCUUCUUCGCAACCGGCUCGAAACGACCAGUGCUCCACUAGCAAGGUCCAGAACAUUCAAUCCGGUGUUAAAGAGAAAACAUCGGUUCCGAACCAAAACGGACAUGUUACCCUUAUCUCUAUGAAGAAGUCUUCUUCACAACCAAAUGAAAAUGACCAAGUUUCGGUAAGAAGAAGUACCAGAAUUCAAUUGGGCAUGAAGGAUGAUCAAAGUCCACCGGUAGACGAAGCAAAUCAAGACAGAAAAUCUUUCAGGGCAUCGCCUUCGAACGGCGAAUCUCGACAACCUCCCGCAGCAAACACCACACCAUGUCCAUCACAUCUGAGGGAAAAGGACAGGGUCGACGACAGAGAUAAGAAUUUGUCGAGUAAUUGUGACAUGCCGAGAUUAAACAAAUUGGAAGCUGAGAAUCAUGACUUGAAGGAAAGGAUGAACAAAAUGAAUGGUGAAUUACAGUUCGAAAAAGAUAGAUGCAAAUCACUUGAAUUGCAAGUCAAGCAAGAACAACAACGGAGCCAAGAGUUGGACAAAGAGCAGAUAGUUCUGAUUGAUAUGAUUGUGGAAGAAAGGAGCAGGCGAGACGAGGAGGAAGAGAGAUUAAGGAAGAAAUUUAAGGAUGCUUCUGUCACCAUUGAUGAAUUGCUUGAGAGAGUGAAGCGGCUUGAAACCAGCGGAGUUGUGGCAACCUUCAAAACACAACACUGA